ACUUUUACUUAUAUAAAAAAAAAUUGUGUAAAAAGAAAACCCUUAAAAUAAUAAUAAAAAAAAACCUGAGGUUUUUGGAGAUUUAUACUAGAGGUUUAUAUAUAAAGUGGGCUACAACAUAACCAUUUCUAUCACACACAUCUCCUUUCUGCCCCUAUCUCUCUCCACCAUAUCAGCUGCUUUGUUUUACCCAGUCGCCUCGUCACGAUUCGGGACUCUUCUCACUCCGAUUUCAUCUUCUACCUCUGCUAAUGGACGCUUCCAGAGUCUUCGUCAGGGAUGUUAAGCGUGUCGUCGUUAAGGUUGGAACUGCUGUUGUUACUAGAAGUGAUGAUGGGAGAAUGGCACUUGGAAGACUAGGUGCACUUUGUGAGCAGAUCAAGGAGUUAAACCUUGAUGGAUAUGAAGUCAUUUUGGUGAGUUCAGGUGCUGUCAGUGCUGGUCGUCAGAGACUUCGGUUCAGAAAAUUGGUAAACAGCAGUUUUGCUGAUCUCCAAAAACCACAAGCUGAACUUGACGGGAAAGCAUGUGCUGCUGUUGGGCAGAAUGGUCUCAUGGCUCUCUAUGACGCAUUAUUUAGCCAGUUGGAUCUGACUUCUGCCCAACUACUUGUUACGGAUAAUGACUUUAGGGAUCCAAAUUUUAGAUCACAACUUUCAGAAACUGUAAAUCAGUUGUUGGAUUCAAAAGUUAUACCCGUAUUGAAUGAAAAUGAUGCAGGUUGUAUAAUAAACAAGGUAAAAGUAUCGCGUGACCAGGAUAGCUCAAAACAAGAUUCAUCUGGUAUAUUCUGGGACAAUGAUAGUUUAGCAGCUUUGCUUGCUUUGGAACUAAAGGCAGAUCUCCUCAUUUUGUUGAGUGAUGUGGAUGGUCUUUAUAGUGGUCCACCAAGUGAUCCACAAUCGAAGCUUAUCCACACUUAUAUUAAAGAGAAGCAUCAGACUGAAAUCACUUUUGGAGAUAAGUCUAGAUUGGGUAGAGGGGGUAUGACAGCCAAAGUAAAAGCUGCUGUUCAUGCCGCCGUUGCCGGAAUUCCCGUAAUUAUAGCUAGUGGCAAGGCAACAGACAACAUUCUCAAAGUAAUCAAAGGCCAAUGUGUUGGCACUCUAUUUCACAAGGAUGCUCAUUUAUGGGCUUCAGCUAAGGAAACUGGUGCACGCGAGAUGGCAGUUUCUGCUAGAGAGUGUUCAAGGAGGCUUCAGGCACUGUCUACAAAUGAACGAAAAAUGAUUCUGCUUGACAUAGCUGAAGCCCUGGAAGACAAUGAAGAACUGAUCAAGACUGAAAAUGAUGCUGACAUUGCUGCUGCUCAACAAGCUGGGUAUGAUAGAUCGUUGGUGGAUCGGUUAGCUUUGAAGCCUGGCAAGAUUUCUAGUCUUGCCAAAUCAAUUCGUGUCCUUGCUGAUAUGGAGGAGCCUAUUGGUCAAAUUUUAAAGAAAACUGAGAUUGCAGAUGGGCUUGUCUUGGAGAAGACAUCAUGUCCAUUGGGUGUUCUCCUGAUUGUUUUCGAGUCUCGUCCUGAAGCUUUAGUUCAGAUAGCUUCAUUAGCCGUGCGGAGUGGAAAUGGGCUUCUUUUGAAGGGUGGAAAGGAGGCAAAGAGAUCAAAUGCUAUCUUACACAAGGUUAUUACUGGUGCUCUACCAGGCAAUGUUGGUGAGAAACUAAUUGGUCUAGUUACCACGAGAGAGGAGAUUCCUGAUUUGCUCAAGCUUGAUGACGUCAUUGAUCUUGUCAUUCCAAGAGGCAGCAAUAAACUUGUUUCUCAGAUUAAAGAGUCAACAAAAAUUCCUGUGCUUGGGCAUGCUGAUGGAAUUUGUCAUGUCUAUGUUGACAAAUCUGCUAAUAUGGAUAUGGCAAAGCGGGUUGUUUUGGAUGCAAAGAUGGACUACCCAGCUGCAUGCAAUGCAAUGGAAACGCUGCUUGUACACAAGGAUCUGCUACAGAAUGGAGGCUUGAACGAGCUUGUUCGUGAUCUUAGAUCCGAAGGUGUUGAUUUGUUUGGUGGACCAAGAAUCAGUGCCUUGCAGGAGCUGAAUAUUCCGGCUACUCAAACAUUCCACAAGGAGUACAACACUCCUGCUUGUACAGUGGAAAUAGUGGAUAAUGUACAUGCUGCCAUUGAACAUAUUAAUCAACAUGGAAGUGCACAUACCGAUUGCAUUGUAGCAGAAGAUCAGAAAGUUGCGGAAGCUUUUUUGCAGAAAGUAGAUAGUGCCGCUGUAUUUCACAAUGCAAGUACGAGAUUCUGUGAUGGGGCUCGUUUUGGGCUAGGUGCCGAGGUUGGGAUUAGUACAAGUAGGAUUCACGCUCGAGGUCCAGUUGGAGUGGAGGGGCUAUUGACCACAAGAUGGAUUCUCAAGGGAAGCGGGCAAAUUGUUGACGGUGACAAAGGCGUGGUAUAUACCCACAAGGAUCUUCCAAUUGUGUCAUAAACUCUUUAAAAUUUUGUUUAACACUUAUUAUUGUUCCUUAGCGACCCCCCAUAGUAGUGCAGUUUGUGUGGGGGAAAAGGAUCUGCAUUUUUCUUGUCCUCUCUCCCGCUGCCUUUUGGGUAGUCUAUGUAUGUCGUAGUUUCUACUUCUGACCCAUCUCCGUGUAGUUGAGACUAUUGUAGAGGCUAUUUAUUGUGUCCUUAUCAAAAUAAACAAUAUCUAGUUGAAGAAGGUUUUCAGUUAUUUACACGCAAAAUUAUCUUA